AACAGGGUGACAUCUUUCUCGGCGAUAAAGUCACGAUGUGCCAACGGAUUGAACUGAAGCAAGGCUACACAUUCAUGAUCCCCUCAGGGUGGAUCCAUGCAGUUUACACUCCAAUGGAUACUCUGGUGUUUGGGGGAAACUUUCUGCACAGCUUUAACAUUCCCAUGCAGCUUAACAUUUACAACAUUGAGGACCGCACACGGGUCCCUGCUAAGUUCCGCUACCCUUUCUACUUUGAGAUGUGCUGGUAUGUGUUGGAGCGUUACUUGUACUGUCUGACCAACACAUCUCACCUCACACCUGAGUUCCAGAAGCACUCACUGGGCAUUGGGCUAAAGAAGGAGGAUGUGAUUAAACAAGGAGGCUUUAAUGGUCAAGAAGAAAAUAUAGUGGAAGAGCAGGAGGAGAUGGUGAAGGAGGAGCCGGAGGAAGAGGCAGCAUCUCCUGCUCGUCCAGGGGUGAAA